CACGCCCAUGUCAACGAUGCGUCAAGCGUGGAAUGGCUGACCAGUGCACGGAAGGCCAUCGCAAGAAGGCUAAAUACCUUCUGGACGAAGAGGAGCUCGAUGCUAUCAAACGCGCAAAGUCUGGCGAGAGUUCAUCUAAAGGCCCCGAACCUGCACCGGUAUCACAACCACCACCAGAACCGCAAUACGCGCCUCCAGAUCCCAUGUAUGCACAAUACACGAAUCAGGCCUCAUUUGGUACCGGUUCAGAAGGCGCAAAUCUCGAAUACAGUAUUCUCUCUGCCAUCCUGGGCAACUCCCCUGACUCUAAUUCUCAACCACCUGCUGGAAGUCCCACAAUCAACCAAGCCGCCCCUUCUGCCCCCUACUCUACCCCUCCCGGUGUAGCAAAUCUUGUUGCAGCACGAUGGCCAGCAGAGGCCUACGCGGCACCUUCGCAGCAAGCCGCAGGGUACCCUCCGAACCCCGGCGCCGGCCCAUCAAACUACGCCGAGCAGGCGCAACUUGGUAUGCAGCCACCAUCGACCGCGGCUGUGCCCCCCGCGCUUUCCUCCGAAUAUGGCGGGUAUCCCUCGGGAACCGGGUUCACGCCAGGGCAAGGAAGACCGCCAUCAUUGAACGUCCCAGGGCAACAAGGACCCGUUGGCUAUCCCGACUAUGCAGCUCCCCCGGCCGCGCGAGCUUCCCCUUCAUCACCUACCCAGCGGUUUGCGCCCUACGCGCAACGAACACAAGCCGUCGGCGCGUCGAUACCAGGGGCCAUGCGCCCUGAGCGCGGCGCGGCUUGGGCAAGUCAGGCAGGCUUUGGCGCGGGCUCGGCGCUGGCCUCGGGCGCGCAGGGCGGUGCGGGCGUGUACCAGGCCGUCACGAAGCCGUACGACUACACGGAGGGGUACCAUUUCCUGAUGAAGCAUCUGCCCACAAGGUUCGAGAAGAACGACAUCCUCCGGAUCGUGCGCGCGCUCGCGAUCUUCCGGCCGUCCCUCAUCGCACUGCAGAUGCCGUUGUCGGAGGAAGACGAGGUCUUCGUCGAGAAGUGCUUCCAGCGCUCGCUCAUCGAACUCGAUAAGCUCGUGUCGUUCAGUGGCACGCCGACAGUGGCGUGGCGGCGGACGGGCGAGAUAUGCCUGGUGGGCCCCGAGUUCUGCAUGCUCACGGGAUGGGAGAAGGAGGAGCUUGUGGGUCGGCGGAAGUAUAUCUACGAGCUAUUCGAGAACCAGUCCGUGGUGGAGUAUUGGGAAAACUUUGCCAACCACGCGUUUGAAAACACGACACAGAGCGUAUAUUCACAUUGCGUAUUACUGAAGUCCUCUGGCGCGCCUGUCCCUUGCACAUUCUGUUUCUCUAUCAAGAGGGACAUCAUGGACCUCCCCAGCCUUGUCAUCGGACAAUGGCUGCCAUUAUUAUGAUCGUUCAAAUUUCACUCAGGACACUCUGCAUUCCGCAUUUUAUCUGUAACGCUAUCUCGCUCUCGCUUCACGUCUGCUUUCCGUCAGUUUCCUUCAUCCUCACCUUAUUCGUUGUAUCAGCCGCAACGCCCUAUUUAUACGCGCAUCGCGU